AUGUUUGAAAUACACAUUCUUGAUUUUGGAUUAGCUCGUGUUGCAUCAACUGGUGCUCAUACUGAUUAUGUUUCUACUAGAUGGUGGCGUGCACCAGAAAUAUAUGUCAAUGAGAAAAAAUAUAAUGAAAAAGUUGAUAUAUGGUCUGUUGGUUGUAUAAUGGCAGAAUUAAUUCUACUUAAACCACUUUUUCCUGGAAAAGAUACAAUUGAUCAGUUAAAUAAAAUAUUUGAUAUUAUUGGUACACCCGAUUCAAAAACAUUACAAGAGAUAUGUACACCAGAAGCAUCUGCUUAUAUCAGUCGAAUGGAAUAUAAACCCAAAGCAAAUUUUAAUGAAUUGUUUGGUUUUAAAUAUGAUCCAUUAACAGAAACACCAAUAUCUGGUGUUUCAUCAGAAGGUGUUGAUUUACUUGAUCGUCUUCUAUCUUUUGAUCCUCGUCAACGUCCAACUGCUGAAGAAGCUUUAAAUCAUCCAUUUUUGAAACUUUAUCAUGAACCAAUGGAAGAGCCAACUAUAGAAACUAUGAUUGAUGAACAUCUAGAUACAGAAUAUACUAAAGAACAAUGGAAAUCUAUUGUAUGGCAAAUGGUUGAAGAGUUUUUACCACCAUCUUGGGUUACUCAAGAUCUUAUGGAUGAUUCAUAA